AUAUGACACUACAUCAUGAGUGACAGUAAAUGUGAUAGUCAGUUUUACAGUGUGCAAGUGGCAGAUUCAACUUUCACUGUCCUAAAACGUUACCAGCAGUUGAAACCAAUUGGCUCUGGAGCUCAAGGAAUUGUUUGGCGCCGUCAUUGCAGUGCCUUGCCCUUCAUUGGCAGGAUGAGGCCAGUCAGUGUCAUUAUCACCCCAUGGAUUAACCAGGAAGGGAUGCUGUAUGAGGGGUUGGGCUGGCCGUCUCUUCCUUGGUGUCUCACUUCAACUAUGUGUCCAGCCCAGGACGUCAGAACCGUUGGUCUGACCCUGAACCUUAGUCUCUUGCAUGGUAAGACAGUCAGCUGCCGCGACAUCACUGGCCAGCUAAAGUCAAUAAAAACAAGAUUAUCUUUGCAUCUAAAAGAAACCGUAAUAGAGCUAAACACCCAGUGAUUACAGCUUAUAAGUAAAGGAGAUUCAAGAUAAAAGAGAACUCGGAUGUUCUGUGCUGCUUUUGAUACAGUUCUUGGGAUAAAUGUUGCAGUCAAGAAACUAAGCCGUCCUUUUCAGAAUCAAACUCAUGCAAAGAGAGCUUAUCGUGAACUUGUCCUCUUAAAAUGUGUCAAUCAUAAAAAUAUAAUUAGUUUGUUAAAUGUGUUUACACCACAAAAAACUUUAGAAGAAUUCCAAGAUGUGUAUUUGGUUAUGGAAUUAAUGGAUGCUAACUUAUGUCAGGUUAUUCAUAUGGAGUUGGAUCAUGAAAGAAUGUCCUACCUUCUUUACCAAAUGCUCUGUGGUAUUAAACAUCUGCAUUCAGCUGGUAUAAUUCAUAGAGAUUUGAAACCUAGCAACAUUGUAGUAAAAUCAGAUUGCACCCUUAAGAUUCUUGACUUUGGCCUGGCCCGCACAGCAUGCACCAACUUUAUGAUGACCCCCUAUGUGGUGACACGGUAUUAUCGGGCACCAGAAGUCAUCCUGGGCAUGGGCUAUAAAGAGAACGUUGAUAUCUGGUCAGUGGGUUGCAUCAUGGGAGAGCUGGUGAAAGGUUGUGUGAUAUUCCAAGGCACUGAUCAUAUUGAUCAGUGGAAUAAAGUUAUUGAGCAGCUAGGAACACCAUCUGCAGAGUUCAUGAAGAAACUUCAGCCGACUGUGAGGAAUUAUGUAGAAAACAGACCAAAGUAUCCAGGAAUCAAAUUUGAAGAACUCUUUCCAGAUUGGAUAUUCCCAUCAGAAUCUGAACGAGACAAAAUUAAAACAAGUCAAGCCAGAGAAUUAUUAUCAAAAAUGUUAGUGAUAGAUCCUGACAAACGAAUCUCUGUAGAUGAAGCUUUGCGUCACCCUUAUAUUACUGUUUGGUAUGACCCUGCUGAAGCAGAAGCGCCACCACCUCAGAUUUAUGAUGCCCAGUUGGAAGAAAGAGAACAUGCCAUUGAAGAAUGGAAAGAGCUAAUUUACAAAGAAGUAAUGGAUUGGGAAGAAAGAAACAAGAAUGGUGUUGUAAAAGAUCAACCUUCAGAUGCAGCAGUAAGUAGCAACGCCACUCCUUCUCAGUCGUCAUCUAUCAAUGACAUUUCAUCCAUGUCCACUGAGCAGACCCUGGCCUCAGACACAGACAGCAGUCUGGAUGCCUCAACGGGACCCCUUGAAGGUUGUCGAUGAUAAGUUAGAAAUAGCAAGCUUGUCAUCAGUGAAGGAACUCUUGCUUCCGUGGGCCUGAAAUGCCUGGGAGUUGAUGGAACCAAAUAGAAAAACUCCAUGUUCUGCAUGUAAGAAACACGAUGCCUUGCCCCUACUCAGUUGUACUAGGCUUGCCUUGCUUAGAUUAUAAAAUGAAGCAGAUUAUGUCUGAAGAAAAAAAAAAGUGCAAACCACACUUCUAGAGAUUUUGUUCAAGGUCAUUUCAGGUGAGCAAUUAGAAUAGAUUUUUUUUUUAAGUUGUAUGGUAAUAGUAGUGACAAUUUCUCAUCUUCAGUAAUUGUUGGGACUUAUAUGCAUGUGACCGCAAAUGCCUGCUUGGACUUGCCCUCUAGCACUUUGAAAAACAGUAUUUAAAAGCCAAAUAAUCUUCUAGGUAGUGCUGCUUCUAGAAUUGUCUCUUAAUCCUUUUAAGUAAUUUGGUGUCUGUCCAGAAAAAAUAGAUUUAUGUAUAUUAAUUGGCUGCCAUCAUAUUAUUGUAUCUUACCUUCCUUUAGGGUAUGAGUUAUUUUCUUUCAUAUUUCAGAAGGAAUAUAAGUAAAUCUGUUAAAUAAAUUAAAAAAUAUAACUUUUCCUAAAUUUGUCACAUUUGGGCUGAGAAUUACCACUGCUAAAACCAGGACACUUUGUUUUCUCUAAAUUGUCUUAGUCUGGGUGACUGUACAUUCAGCUUUACUGCAUGAUAAAGUUUUAAGUUUUGUUUUGUGCUGCUUAAAAUAUCAUAUACCUUUAAUUCCUAUGUACCCUAUCUCUUUUUUCUUUGUCUUCUGAACUUCAUAUUUAAUUUAAAAUGCUAUACUAGAACUUCGCCUUCUUUAUUAGUCACCUAACACCCCAUCUCAAUAUGAUGGCAUACACAUUCUUGAACCCAUCAACUGCUGGUAGAGAAAAAUUUUACGAAGUGAUCACUAAAGAUGAUUGCAGCCACUUACUAAGUGCAUGCUUUGCCUGAGCCUGGACUGGGUCCUCUCUUACCUUCCAUCGCUCAAGGUAAGAUCCGUGAUUUCACAAGGCAGAGUUUCCCUCUUCCAACACCGCAUGCUUACUCGAUUUUCUUUCUUUUCUGAAAGAAACCACACAAAUCCCCCUUUGGUCUGUUUGAGGAAGCACGCCAAUUCAGAAUGCCUGUUUGUGGUUGUUUUCCACUUUAUGGCGGCAUUUCCUUUUCCUAAGGGAAAUCCAUGAAUGUUCUGGGAAAACCCAUCUGAAGGAUAUGGAGGAAAUGCCCUAAAGAGUAAUGAUUAACUAUUGAAUAUUUUCUGACUUAAAACUGCUCACCUGAAAUUGAUACUUUCAGACUUUCAAUAUGGAAACUAUUCAAAACUCACUGAAAUACUGAGUAUUGAAGUGUCAUUGCAGAAAUGGAGUUACGAUGGUCACAUUUUGGCUACCUGUGCUCAUAAUGCUUUUCCCUUGAGCUCAUUCUAUUACAGAUUCAUAUCUUGUGUUUAAUUAUUUUGGAAGCUAUUGGGUCACCAUUGUUCACAUUCUAUAGAAUGUGUUCUGAGGAGGAACUUUGAUAAGAAAGUUUAUUAUAAAUAUUAUCUAAAAUAUAUGAUUCUCUGCAUCAAUUGUAUCUUAUUGAUCGGUCUUAUCACUGGAAACUGGAACCCUUGAUGAACAAAAUUAAUAUUGAAAUAAUAGAUAGUUUUAUAUUGUGAGGUUUAGACACAUUCAGCUAUAAGAUGAAAAUAAUAACUUGGUUGAGGCAGAAACACCAGUUACAUGGCUUGAGAUUAUUUUGGUUUUGGAGGCCUGAUGGAAUAGUGAAGAUAGCUAUCAUUAUACAUACAUACACAUCUUCAAGUGGCCUCCUCUCUAAUAUACAUUCUUUAAAAAGACUUUACUGAAUCUAUCUUUAAAAAGAAAAACAAAGAAAGGGGAGAGUUUUAAAAAUGCAUUAUUUGUCCUAGGAUUGUGUAUAUGCAGCACAGGGAUGCUGAGGGCACAUCGAGGUCCCAGUUAGCCUGGGUGACUGUACAUUUAGCCAGGCCCCAUUCUUAAGAGGAGCUAGAUGCCGCACAGAUAAGGCUUUCUGCUCACCCAUUCCUCUGUGUGUUCGCGGAUGGAGUCCUUGGUGGUGUGGAUGGCUUUCCUGCCAAGACCACCUUCCUUCAGAGAGCAGUGAGUGCAGUGUGCUAGGACAGGCCACAGGGCUGCAGUCAGCAGAGCUCCACAGAAAUACCUCACCCCACUUCAGGGUCCUCCCACCUGAGCCAAGAUGUGCCAGGGUCCUGGUGCAAUGCAGAUGGUUUUAAACUGCUCUCCAUGGAUAAAUGCUGAUGUUGGAUAAAGAACUGAAAAAUUUGCUCAAUUUUUCAUCUUUUCUAUUUUAUUUUUGUAAUUUAUAUUGUACACAACCCUGGAAGUAACUAUUUUGGACACAUAUUUUUAUAAACCAGGUAAUUUAUUAUUAGCCUGGAAUUUGGACUAGGUUUGUUUUGUUUGUUGACUUAGUUUUCAGUCAAAACGGAAAUGACUGCCUCCCCAGUGUUGGGUCUUGAUUUCAAGUGCAGGUUCCAGAGAGCAGACAGAGUCUGUCAGAGUAGGAGAGCAUUCUAGAAACACAUCCUGCUCAGUGUUGAUCAGCUGUGGAAACAGGGCUCUGUGCUUAUCUUUGAGACAUGAAGUUCAGAGCCACAGUGCUGAAAGGAGAAAACCCUCGGCAAGGCCCCUUACUGACACCCAGAGUCCAUAGUUGAAACACUGAAUGAGAUACUGGUUUAACCCAGCUUUGAUGCCGUAAAAGUCGUGGUAAUGAUGUAUGAGUUCAUCUGGCUGAUUUCUAAUGUAACUCCUCCGGUGUUUCAUACUGGUAGUAAACACAGGUGUGACCUUUCAAAUUGCAUAUCUCAAAAGUAACAUUGCCUAAUGUUUUAUAAUAAAAUAUAUUAUGUGUGUUUUGAUUGGUGAAAAUAAUACAAAUACAUUUUAAAAGAGAAGUGUAUAGCAUGUCUAAUUUUUGUGUGUUUUUAAGUGACAAUUGACUGUAUUUCUACAUCACCAUCUCUGAUUACAGAUUUAACAUGAACAUGG